AAUUUCCUACUUUCAUUUUACCUUGACCUUUCAUUUUGUUUUAGGAACGGCUGUGUCAGUGUGAGGCAGGCCUACUUCUUCAACUGUGACCGUAUCAAAGCUGAGUCGGUCUUGUUGAAAAACCAUGGCGUUGGGGUUAGGUCUAGAUGUUUCGCUCAAAAAUGUUUUUAUAAUUACUGUUCCUCUGUUAAUUUCUUGGGCUAGAUACCGGGGACUGGAAUAUAUUAUAAAACAUUACCGGUGGGUUUUCGUUUGCCUAUUUUUGAUGCCCAUCUCCGUGGUGUAUGAUGUAUACAUGUUCAUUCGAAAUUGGAUCGUAUUCAAACUGAAUUCUGCACCAAAACAACAUGCAAACAAAGUCAAAGACGUGCAACAGCAGGUGAAGAAGUGGAAUGAGAAUGGAAGGCAGUCCAAAAUGUGUACGGCUAGACCUGGCUGGGCCACCGUCAGCUUCAGGCGAGGUCUGUACAAAAAGCAGCUCAGAAACAUUGAGGUCAACAUGAUAGAUAUCCUAGAAAUAGACGAGAAGAAAAGGACAGUGAGGGUAGAGCCCCUAGUGACCAUGGGGCAAAUCACAGCAUUUCUGAACCCCCUGGGGUGGACCCUGCCUGUUCUACCAGAGUUAGAUGAUCUUACUGUUGGUGGUCUUAUUAUGGGAGUGGGAAUUGAGACAUCUUCGCACAAGCACGGUCUUUUCCAGCAUUGCUGUGUUUCCUAUGAACUUGUUCUAGCUGACGGCAGUGUGGUAACUUGCUCUGAGACGGAGAGACCAGACCUGUUUUAUGCAGUCCCCUGGUCCUAUGGUACGCUAGGUUUCCUGGUGUCUGCAGAAAUCAAAAUCAUUCCAUCCAAGAAGUUUGUCCGAAUGGAGUACUUCCCGGUCCACUCCAAGGACGAAAUGGUCCGGAAAUUCCAGGAACAAACUCUGUUACAGGACCGAAAUGAGUUUGUGGAGACUUUGGCAUAUUCUUUGGAUGAGGCUGUCGUGAUGACCGGAAAUCUGACAGAUGAGGCAGAACCUGAUAAGAUAAAUCCUAUUGGUUAUUUCUGGAAGCCGUGGUUCUUUAAACACGUGGAGGGGUUCUUGCGCAGCGGCCCAGCGGUAGAAUACAUUCCCAUCAGACACUACUACCACAGACACACCCGCAGUAUAUUCUGGGAACUCCAGGACAUCAUUCCUUUUGGAAACAACCCCAUCUUUAGAUACCUGUUUGGUUGGGCAGUUCCACCCAAAAUCUCCCUCCUGAAACUCACCCAAGGGGAGACAACCAAGAAACUGUAUGAAAAAUACCAGAUCAUCCAAGACAUGCUUGUGCCCCUGGACAAGUUGUCAGAAGCAAUGGAAGUGUUUGAGAAAGAAAUCCAGAUGUACCCCCUGUGGCUGUGCCCCUUCAUAUUGUACAACCAGCCUGGCAUGGUUCAUCCACCCCAGAAAGGUGACCAGCUGUAUGUAGAUAUAGGGGCCUACGGCUCCCCCAAAUCUAGUACAUGGGAGGCUGUCAAAACUACCAAAGCCCUGGAGGCCUACGUCAUCAAAUCUGGCGGAUUCCAGAUGCUGUAUGCGGACAGCUAUCUGAGCAGGGAGGAAUUCAGGAAGAUGUUCGAUCAUAGCCUGUACGAUAGGAUGAGGAAGGAAUUAGAUUGCGAGAAAGCUUUUCCUGAGGUGUAUGACAAAGUCAACAGGAAAGUCAGAGACUAAAUCAGUUUAUCAAUCAAAAAAUCUUUGUUGAUCUACAAAGGAGAAAAAGUAUGCCCAUGAACAAACACUGGGGUAAAUACUAUGGAAUCAUUAGAUUUCAUGGUGGCACAAUUUUCGUAAAAUUCGUGAGUACCUCUCACCCACAAAUUAACAUCCUUCACAAGUGAAUAAAUUAGGGCUAUAAGUCAUAUAUCCUUUUGUAAGUAUAAGAGCACAAAAUUACGUCCCCACAAACCUGUAAAAUUGAAUCAAUCCACGAAAAUUGGCCCCCACAAAUUGUAAUGAUUCCAUAGUCGGGGGAAAUGCACCAAUCAAAUUUAUCCGCUUCUGCAGUAUUUUUAUUAGGGAGGGGGGACAUAUUAUUUUUAUUUACAUGUAUUUCAUAACAUUGACACGAAGUAUGCCCAGUAUCAUAUUUACGUAAUUUAUAAAAUAAUUAUUAAGUGUGUAGCAGAGUUAUGGUUCAUGAAACAACUGAAAUUUUACAGUUGUAACAUUUGAUGAAAUUGAUAUGAUAUUUAAGAUAAUUAAGAAUCAUAAUUGGUUAAAUAAUAAGAAUUUAACAAAUGUCCAUGUUAACACCCAAAAUUUCUGCUUAUAAAUCUUUUUACAAUAUACAUGUACAAGUUAUAUUUCUGAUCUAUAUUACUGAUAUUAAUGUAUAUAUAAGUAGUUAAGCACAGUCCUUCUUUAAUGUGCAAAAUGCCAUAAUGUGCACCCAGGAAUUUAUCUUCCUUCAUAUGCCAUAAUUUGUAUUUUGUGUACACACUUUAGUUGCCAAAAUAGUAUAUCUGAACUUACUAUGCCAUAGAGAUAUUAAUCACCAGGUAAUGGUGUUGUUUUUUAUUUUUACUUGAUAUUUAAAAGAGUGAACUGUAUCAAAAGAAAGUAUUUAGAAAAAAAGCAUUUUACAUGAAGUAGCUUAUCAAUAUUGAAUUUUUACAUGUAAUGAUCUGUUUAUACCGGUUAUUUUCUUUCUUUGACUGAAAUCCAUGUAUGAAGUAAAACCAGUGGUUGAAAUGAACAGUCAUCAUCCUUGUAGCUACCUUCAUAUCCACAUGAACAAGCAAGAGAGCAUUUAGAUUUUUAUGUUAUUGGGCUAUGUAUCAAUUUUAUCUUGCCAUAGGUUUGAUAGAUCGCAGUAUUUUCAAAUUUCAAUACAACUUUGGUUUUAAUUAUAAAUGCCAGUACGUAUUUACAAUACCACCUAAGUUUGAUAGAUGCCAGUAUUUACAUUACAACUUAGUUAGGUUUAAUAAAUGCCAGUAUUUACAGUACAAAUUAAUUAGGUUUAAAAGGUAUCAGUAUCUAUGAUAUUGAUAGUCUGCUUGAUUCUUUUUAUGAAAUCCAUAUUAAUUAAGUUUGACAGUUUGUUAUCUGUAUCAGAGACCCGAAGAAUGCAGUUUUAUCUGAGAGGUUAGACUGUUACUAUAGUACUGUGCCCUGAUCGCCAAAAAUUAUGACCAAUCUCAAAGCUUGCACCUUUAAAACUAUUCCCCCAGAGUUCCAAUCUACGGAGGCACACUUUAGAUUUCAUCCUUACAUAAAUAUACACACAGUCACCCUGUAUCUGACUUUAAAUUAAAAGAGCUUAUUCAGUUACCAGUAUUAUGACUUUCUACAGGGUUUCAAUUCCAUCAAUGACCACCAUUAAUUUAAGAGUUAGCGGUAUAGUUAUUUUUUUCAAAAUUGUAGAAAAAACAUGAUGUGUCUUUUUUGUGUAUUGCUCUUAAAACUUGUUUUGAAAAAUAAAGUAAUCUUAUUACGAUCAAUUUACCGCACCGUUACAGUUAAUGCAAGUUUGCAAACAGUUUCCCCCAUGCAUUUAUUUCUAAGUUAACACUUUCUAAAAGUAAUUUCUGUUGUUGUAAAACAAUAAAUGUAUUUCUAUUGUAGAUAAAAACUUGAAAUGCACUGAAGUUCUCAUAUACACCAUCAAAAUUUCAUUAUUUUUUUCCCACUCUAUGACAAAUUUCACAUUCAGUUUAUUGCAAAAAGUUACUUUUAGGUUUAUCAACUAUUGUAUCAGGUAUUACAAAUAGGUGUUAUCUUCAAAGAUAUAAUGAUUCAUGCAAUUAUUCAUUGCAUUUGUAGCAUGAUCCAAGCAGUGUAAACAUUUACAGAGUUUGACAAAUAUAUCUUUCAAUUCAAUAAUUUCGCUAGAUAAUUAAAUCUCUGUGUUGUUAUGUGCUGUUAAAGGAUUAAGUCACUGAAAUAAUUUUUUUAUUAUUUUUUUUUUUGAAGGGCCAACUGUAUCAAAUUAUAUUUACACCUUAAAUUGCAUGUAUUUUUGUUGUUGAUUAAUUUCUACUUACCUUAGGUCUUUUAAUUAUAACUUGAAUGACAAUUUGUCACUUAAUUAUGACUUAAAUGACGAGAGUUUUCAAUUUAUGUCACCUAAUUAUAACUUGAAUGACAAGAGUUGGAACUUGUUCACACAAAUAUCAUUUAUAUAGACUGUGAUGUGUUUUUAUGACCCCCCCCAAAAAAACUAUGCAAAAUACAUUGGUACCAUUCAAAUCAGUUGUUAUGAUUUUGCAUAAAUUUUUACAGUAUUAUAUUGGUCAAAUUCAUUUUAAAUCAAAAACAUAAUCCCAAAAUGAUUUGUUUGUGUGAACUACAUCUUCAUUCAUUACUUUGACUAUUUAUAUAGUAUAUGGGUAGUCAAAAUUUAAUGCAUGAACAGAGCAACAUCUCUUUGACAAGUCACUAUUAGGUUUAGAUAAUUAUAUAAAUACAAUUUUUUAAAGAGUUUCCAGUUUCCAUACUAACCCUUAAUUACCUACCUUUUAUUGUUUAUAUUUUCUUGGGGAAAAAAAGCAUUUUGGGUUUUAAAAACACCUUACAGAUGUCUCUAAUUUAUUUAUGUCCAAACAUGAAUUGGAAAAUUAGGUCUUCAGUGUAUUAAGAUGAGUUUAUAGCAACAAUAAAAAGUUGGGAGAUUGAUAUCUUUACCACCUUUUAUUCAGGGAGGAAUUGGAAACUCUUUUUAUUUAUCCAGGAUUCAAUAUUUUUUUUAUUAACCUGAGAACGUGCCACACACUACUGGUAUUUUACAAUUUCUAUAUUGAGAUUCCAUUUGUUCUAUGUUGUUUUACACUGUACUUAAUUUUCUGUGUUUAAUUAUGGCAAAUUCUGUAAAGCAAUUUUGCUGUUUAUUUAGAUAUUUAUGAUACUGCAUUAAUCAAACAAAAUUAUUUAAUUAAAUUAUAUGGCAAACCCA